ACGCGGAAUUUAUUCAUGCAGAUGGUUUUGUUUAGUUUUUUGUGUAGCGGCAUUAUCUUUCGCUCUUUGUCAUAAGCCCACCACCAGUUUACGGAAGGCAGGUUAGAAAUACGAGAUUUUGCUCGAGGGGGCCCGACUGAGCCCUGCAGGCCCGAUGACGGCUGCCACGCGCCACGAGGUGCUGACGCUGUACCGGCGCGUGCUGCGGAUCGCGCGGGGCUGGCGCGCGCGCAGCGGCCUGCAGCAGGACACGGACGACGAGAGGCGCUACAUCGCGCACGAGGCGCGCACCCUGUUCCGGCAAAACCAGCAGGUGAGCGACUUGGAGUCCAUAAGGAAGUGUAUAGAAGAGUGCCAGGCCAGGAUUGAAAUCGGGCUCCACUACCAGAAUCCGUAUCCCAGGCCGGUGCACAUUCCUCCGAUGGGACUUGCCACACAGAAGGGCAGGAGGCUACGUGCGCAGGAGAGGCUGAGGAAACAGGCCAAGCCUAUUUACCUCAAGUCACUUGAUGACAGCUGACAGGCUGCUGGGAAGCAGGUUUGACAUGAGUAGCGUGCUGAGCAGCAGCUCUCCCGCCUCUUCAGUCUCAUGAAAAUGUUGCAACAUCUAGAUUUCUAUACAUAUAGUUCAGUUAUGUACAUGUUAUACUUUCAAUGUUAAUAUUUAUAGAUGUUUUGUGAAUCAGUAUCCUUGCUUGUUCAGUGGUUAUAUUUUAUAUUGUAUUGUGGGCUCAGUAAUUGUAGUGAAGGUGUAAUUUCCCACACAUGUACAUAAUAAAAUACACCUCUGUUGUUCAUUAUGAAUAGAAGGGGUUCUAAAAAUGCAUAAAAGCUUGUUUAAAUUUUUAAUGAAAAUAUUCUGUAUACAAUGUUGUGUGUGUGUGUAUAUAAAAAAAACUUGCUAUGAAUGCUCUGAUAAUUAUUGGGUAAUUUUCUUUCUUAUCAAUUUUGCAUAUUUAUUAAAAAUAUUUGGAAUAGUAAUCAUCCAAAUCACUGUCUUCACACAGGAAGUUUUCAUUAUUUUAUUGUUCAAUGCAAAGAGUGAAAGGAAAAGAAAUUCCCCACAAAUUUGUUAUUCCUUAGACAUAGUCUGCUACCUGUUUAUUUGCACCUUGAGAAGAAACUACCAUGAAUUUAAAUGUUCUUAUGGAUCAGUUAUGCAAAAAAUAAUUGCAAUGAUGUAAUAGUUAUUGAUUACUUAAUUGCUGUAAUAAUUUACCUUUGUCCAUGAUCUCAUAUGAUGCCAAAAGUAUACAAUACACUGCAGCAUAAAAUAAAAACAAUAG